UAGAGGUGUUAUAACGACGUCGUUCAUCCGUCAAAAUGAUAAUGCCUUUGAGGCAUUAAUACUUUCCAUAAAUUUGACGAAAAAAAAGCUUAAUGAUUGCCGGAAUGGUGGACGGGCUUGGGUUUAAAUCGAUUGUCGUGUAAUUUGAUGGAGAAUUGUGAAGAUCUCUGUAACAUCGGGGGAGAUGGAGAUGGAGAUGGCAGAGCGAAUUACGGCAGUGCUUGCAGUCUUUCGUCGACGUCUUCAGCCUUGAUCGUCCGGCAAUCCAACUUACAGGGGCUCGGCCGCGGUGAUAAUGCUGCCGAAGUAAUUUUGUGGAGGCAAAGGUGUGCUUUAUUUGGCCUGGUUGUUGUUGCUACUGCUGCAUGGAUGUUGUUCGAACGCUCGGGAUUACCUUUCAUAUCAGCGUGUUGUGAUGUCCUGCUGAUUUUAGUUGUCAUGCUCUUUCUCCGUGCAAACUAUGCUGCCUACAGAAAGAAACGACUCCCAACAUUGCCAGAAUUGGUCUUGACAGAAGAAAUGGUCAACAAUGCAGCUGCCUCAUUUCGUGCUAAAAUCAAUUAUGUGUUACUUAUGGCUCAUGAUAUCACCCUUGGGAGAGAUUUCAAACUCUUUUUCAAGGCAGUGAUUUUUCUCUGGAUUCUGUCUGUCAUAGGCAGUGUGGUAUCUUUCUUCACAAUUGCGUAUGUAGGAACCAUUAUAUUCAUCAUAGUCCCUGCUUUGUAUAAUAGAUUUGAAGGUCAUUUAGAUGGACACUUUUCUAGGCAAUAUAAAGUAGUGGAUGAGAGCAUUAGAAGAUUACCUCGGAAUUUAACCAAGGACAAAGAUCUUUAAAUGUUGUAGUACAAAUGACAUGAGUUUCAUUUUGUACUUGGAGUUAACAAAUGACAUGCAUUCAUUUUUUAUACUUUUGAGAUA